AGAGAAGUUGAGGUCAAGGACGUCACAAUUCUUGACAUUCUUCCAUUUGUUGUAUUUUUUAAAAUAUUUGUAUCCUAAGCUUUUAUGGCUUGAAAUCUUUACUUACAAUUAGGACGUGAAUUUAUUAUAAAAUUUCUAUUAUCUUUGUAUCUAAUGUUUUCUAGAUAUAAAUAUUGAAAUAUGAACUAUAAUAAUUUAAUUUGCCGUUUAUGCUUGUUUGAUGCUAGUGGAAAUGUGUCAAUAUUUACAAACUAUGAUGCCGAUAGAAAUGGAUAUCUGGCUCACAAAAUUAUGCAAAUUGCUAAUGUACAGGUGUAUGAAGGAGAUGGAUUACCUUCACUGAUAUGUCGAGGCUGUUUGAAUCGGGUAGAAGGAUAUUUUCAAUUUAAAAUUCAGGUUGAAAAGUCAGACUAUUUUUUAAGACAGCAAGUUUGUUCUUACCAGGCUGAACCAUUACCUCCAGCUCCUGUAGAAAAGUCGUCUGAAGAUGUUAAAAGUGAACCAUUACCAGCUUUGAAGAAUGGUGUAUACAUGCCUGAUGCCAUAUGGCCAGACAGUGUACAGAGCUUCACCUCCCUACAGAAUUGUGAGUCUCUGACAGACACCAUUGCUAUACCAGCUCCUCAGGAGGUAACAGAUGUAUUGGUGGAGGAUUCCCAACCAGCAUUUGAGUUGGCCAGAGCAGAAAAAGAGGAAGAUAAAUCACUUUUAGAUUUGACACAGCAAGAUGAUAAAACUACUGAACAACCAAGUGAGUCUCAGGGAGAACAUCAGAGAAGUCAAAACAGUGAUUCUGUUCUAGGAGAAGGGUGUGUAACAGGAAAAAAUGUUGUAGUUAGAGGAAAAAAUACUGAGAACUAUUACAUAAAUAACUUUUUUAGUCGAAGUGAUGGUUUGGAUUUAGAAAGCAUCAAAGAGUCUGAAAAAGUAAAGAAUUUUUACAAUCUAGACCAGGGUAAAGAAAAUAAUACACUUGAAACCACUAUUGAUCAAACUGCAAUUUUGGAUACAUGCAAGCAUCCUGAAUCAAAUGAAAUUGAGGGUGAGAAUAAUGAUGAUGAAGAGGAAGACAACAAUGAUGAAUGUGGUAAUCUAGAAGACUAUGAGGACAAUGAUCCUUUACAGUCUGAUGAAAUAUCAUCUAAAUCUAAAACUAUGACAAUAACAUAUUGUGAUAAGUGUGAUAAACAUUUUGAGAAACCUGUUAGUUUGAGAAAACACCAAUCUCUGCACACAAAAGAAUCUUACAAAUGUUCCUUUUGUAAUAAAACUUUCAGACAAAGUUGGUACUUACAAUCACAUAUUCGUACACACACUGGAGAAAGACCGUUUGCAUGUACUAUCUGUUCUAAAACUUUUACAGAUAAAAGUGCAUUGAAUGCUCAUUUACGAAUUGCUCACUUUACAGAGAAAACUCAUGUCUGUACUUAUUGUGGGAAAGCUUUCAAGUUGAAGAAACAGCUAGAAAGACAUGAGCGAAUACAUACAGGCCAUCAAUACCAUCGUUGUGAGGUCUGUGGAAAAUUAUUCACCCAGAAAAGUAAUUUGAUGAAGCAUUUAGUUUUACAUUCGGGAGAAAAACCAUUUCCAUGUCCAGAAUGUGAAAAACUAUUCGCUCAAAAAGAUAACCUUAACAUUCACAUUUUGAGGCAUCACUCUCCACAGAAUCCGGUGGACUGUGACUUGUGCGGAAAGCGGUUUAAAAACAAAAUGACCUUGAUGGGCCACACAAAGAGCAAACAUUCAGAUGGUGUUAAACAAAUAAUAUGUGAAGUGUGCGGAAAGUUUUUUCCGGACAGAAGUUGUUUAAACUCCCACAAGUGGGUUCACAGUGCCAGUUCCCCAGUACAGUGUGACAUCUGUGGUAAGAGUUACCCUCACCCCAGAGCUGUCAGAGUGCACAAGCGGAUAGUGCACUCCGAAGUGAGAAAGUACUGUUGUGAUGUUUGUGGAAUCGGUUUCAAAACCAGCCAGACUCUUAAGCACCAUAAGGUGGUUCAUACAGGAGAACGUGCUUUUAGUUGUGAAGAGUGUGGUCGUUCUUUUGGUCAGAAAACUGCUUUGAAAACUCACCAACGUAUCCAUUCCGGAUUGGAGCCAUAUUCUUGUUCUCGCUGUGGUGAGUCUUUCAAGUGGAAACAGACAUGUGAUAAACAUAUCGUAAAAUGUAUAGGAAAACCUCGCCGUGAGUGCAUUGCUAUCUCGGAUAAUCCAAUUGUUUCAUGAAAAUGUUUUAAAUUAUUCAAGAGAAGUUAUUAGCUUUAUUUUUGUAUGCCCUAGUUUAUACACAGAUUGUUCUGUAAAGAAAAUAAUCACAUUGUUCUUGUGUGACCUGUUGGAUUUAUGUUAUGACAUUUUGUUACUUGUUAAUUGAAAUGAUCUUUUAGAUUAGGAGUAAUUAUAGCUAAUUUUUUUUCACUAUUACAUAUGAAACCUUGAAUGCA